UUCAAGCUUGGUAUAUUUCCGUCCUUGGGACGUGGUGAAGAAAAAAAGUGGAAAGCACAGACCCGAAGUGAUCAAUUGUCAACGAUGAUGGAGGAUGGCGCGAUAAGAGAGGCUCAGCCUACGGGAGAGUUCGAGGAAGCGUCAACGCCGAAGCUCCAGGAGCGGAUGGACAAGGCUACCGAUGACCAGGAACGGCAACUGGAUGCGAUCUAUACGGGCGUCAAGCGUCUCCACAACACAGCCAAGGCCACGAACGAAGAGGUUGUUUCGCAGAACGCAAUGUUGGAACACGUGAGCGUGCAGAUCAGCGACACCGAAGUUGCAGUGCAGCAGCAGACCAAGGCAGCACGGAAGGUUGCUAGCGCACACCGCAAGCUCGGCUGCUACUAUGUCAUCAUCUUGCUGCUGACCGUGGCGCUGCUCGUCGUCAUCUUCAUUUAAUUUAAGAAAACGACAGGAACGAGAAUGAUAAAAAAAAAACCAUUUUUCUUGCUGCAUACUUCGAAGUAGUAUUAGUGAUGGUAGAGCAGCAGCAACAAGGAAAUUGAGGGUUGACAACCAAUUGGUUGCAAUGAAAUGUUUAACAUUAGUUUCUGAAUACCAUUGUAGUCUUGUCUUGGCGCUACGUUGGCUACGUGGGUCGGACAGAGC